AUGGCAUUCAUUAACAAAGCUAAUAUUGGGCGAUGGUGCCGCGAGAAAGGGGUGGAUACCCAUUACUGUUUUGGGUUAAAGGGAAACCUGGUAACUGUAACAGAUGAUGGGCUGUUGAAGACUGUGGGGUCUUUAUGUGGUGUACAUCAACCCUGUAUUGUAGAUAAGUGGAAAGGGCCUUAUGGGGAUAUUUGUGCUGCCCUCAUUAAUAAUAAAGAGCCAUUAGAUCGAACACUCAUACCAAGUAUGAUAUUAUUGGAAGGGACAAUGGGAAGGAAAGUUCAAAUAGUGUGGCCGGAAGAAAGGAAUGAAGAGGAGGAAACAGAAGCAGCCCAAGGGGAGGACUCCGAGGGUAUGGGAAUGGGGGAACCUGUGUCGGGGGGUUGUUUUCAUACUACUGGAUGGGAGGUGGAUCCCCCUGCUACUACCCCGAAGGUUCUUCCUGAAACUCAAGCAGAUAAUGUUGUGGAUAAAGUGGUUAGUCACCUUGAAAGGUGGCAUUAUGAAGGUGGAUACCGUCAAUUAAGAAUUUUUUCAGGAAUCAUUCCUGUUCCGGCUGGUGAAGAAACAUAUGAGUGGUGGCGUGAAGCUGCCAUACAACAUUCAGAAGAAUGGCAAUUUCCCGAACAUAUACGACGACAACGGGUGAUCAAGAGUUUACGGGGACCUGCCAUGGGGGUGAUUCAGGCAACACGCCGAAGUAACCCUACCGCCACAUUAAGAGAAUACUUAGAAGCAUUGGACUUUUCCUUUGGAACAUUAGAGGAUAUGGGAGACCUGGUGGCCCGAUUGAAUAGCACUUAUCAAGAUCAUGGCGAGACCCUAACCCAUUACAUAUACCGCGUCGACUGGUUAAUAUACAAGAUCGUGGAUAGAGGGGAUUUUAGUCCGGAUAUAGUAAAUAAGAAGAGACUAAAGCAAGUGUUGAAAGGGGCCCUGACCAAUAACCCGGUCGCCCAAUGA